AAUCCGUUCUUUCAUUCAAUGACAUAGUUUUGUUUGACAGCUAGUUCGUCGUAUUUGUUUCGAUACUACCUAUCCAACGAAAAGUACCUUUGUUUUGUGCAAAUACACAUUGAAUCCGAUGCAGGAUUGCAAUUAGCAAUGACGCUGGGUCAAUUUGAGAACGUUGGAGCUUUUAUACGGAGUUGCAAUGGGACUACGUUGCGUUACGACCAAGCAUGUUUGGAAAUCAUUACAACGGAGCCCAUAAGUUUUAUGAGCCAGUAUGAAGAAUGCCAGGACUGCAUGUUGCUGCCGACUGAGCCGCUCGCAAACUCGUCAUCUUACUUAUUGAAGACCUUAAGUCCCGUGCGCUACGCUAUCGAGAAUGGGCAUGGCCAGAUAUGCAAUGGUUCCUACCAGUUUCUUGAGUUUGGACAGUACAGCAUCAACCUCACCGAGGUGACCAAGCAGCAAUGCCAGCCCCGGAUGACAGCGGAGCCGGAUGCCGCCUCACUUCCCAUCCUGACCGCUGUACUGAUCCUUCUGUCCAUGGCCACGCUGUGGUAUGUGGUCAAGGGCAUCGGCAAGAGGAUCAUCGCUGGGAGACUGUAUGCCAGAUACUUUGCUAGGGAGGACAACGAGUUGGGGUCCGAAACGCGCGUUCUUACUACAGAGGCGAGCGUGCCUCGCUCCCCGACCCGCUCGCGACUGCGAUCCCUAGACAUCUUCCGCGGCGCUGCCAUCGCUCUGAUGAUCUUCGUGAACGCCGGCGGCGGCGGUUACGCCAUUUUCUCUCACUCGGUGUGGAACGGUCUGACGGUGGCCGACGUCGUGUUCCCCUGGUUCGCCUUCGCCAUGGGACAGGCUCUGGUGCUGUCCCUAAACGCGAGGCUCAGGACCUCUCUACCAAGAAUCACAGCUUUACAACAGGUGGCCCUCCGAUCCCUUCUAAUGGCGAUGGCUGGCGUGGUGCUCGGCUCCGUCAACACCUCGUGGGCCGGGGUUCGACUCCCGGGCGUGCUGCAACGCCUGGCUGCCAUGUACCUCAUCGUGGGGGCUCUGGAGUGCGCUUUCAUGAGGACCAGCCAGAAUAUUACACCUGGUCGUUCUCUGUUCCGUGACAUCGCGGCCGGUUGGCAGCAGUGGCUCGCUACUCUCUCGCUAGUAGCGGUGCAGAUCUGCGUGACGCUGACCAUCGCCGCCCCGGGCUGCCCGCGCGGCUACGCGGGCCCCGGCGGCCUGCACCUGUCCGCCGAAGGCAGGAACCUCACCAACUGCACCGGGGGCAUCGCCGGAUACAUUGACCGAAUGGUGUUCGGGGAAGCCCACCUCCACAAAUACGGUACCUUCCGCGACAUAUACCACACCACGGUCCGCCACGACCCUGAGGGCCUCCUGGGCAUCUUAUCCGGUCUGCUGGUGGUCCAAGCCGGUGCCCACGCCACUAGGAUCAUGCUGGCUUACAACCAUGCCAGGGCCCGCAUAAUGCGCUGGGUAUUCUGGUCCCUGGUCUUCGGAGCUACCGGCGGCGCCCUCUGCAUGUUCUCCAAGAACGAUGGCCCGAUCCCGAUCAACAAGAACCUAUGGAGCGUCUCGUACUGCCUGGUGACGGCCGCCAUGGCGUUCAUGGCUCAGGCCGUGCUGUAUUACAUAGUGGAUCUGAAGAUGAAGUGGGGGGGUCGUCCGCUGUAUUACGCCGGUCAAAACGCGCUGUUCCUCUACCUAGGCUCCGAGUUACUCAAGAAGCACUUCCCCCUCCACAUCCACGUGCCCGCCGCCACGCACGCGCAGCUGCUGGCCACACACGCCUUCGCCAUGCUAGUGUGGAUCGCGGUCGCCAUAGCGUUGCACAGGAAACGGAUCUUUAUCACGCUGUAAUAAGGUUGGAAGUUGAUUGGCAAUGUUGGUUUUCAGUUUAAUCCUUUAGCCCAGCGGUCGGCAACCUUUUAGCAGCCAAGGGCCAAGAGAAAUGCAAUUUCGAUUUGUCAAAACAAAGAUUCAAAUUAGAAUGGAAUAGGAGACCUUUUUAUAGGUCCCUGAGCGGCUAGAGGGUACGAUAUCGAUAGGAUAAUGGCGCGAUUGUGUUGCUCAUAGAAAGUUGAUUUAUAUCGAGAUUUAAUAAUAAUAUUGGAAAUGGAUUGAAAAAGAUUAUUUAGCCGGCCUCAUGAAUAUUUUCAUUUUUAUUUUAAUAAAUAUUUUGUUAUAAAAUGUAAUGAUUUCUUGUAUGAAAUUGCAAAAACAAUCAGUGAAAAUAUUGAUUAUACUGAGAACCAUAUUUUUAAAGUAAACGUCCCAAUAUUUGACACACUAUUCCAAUGAAAACUAAUUUGUUACUCCCUAUUGAUUCACGGAAGAUGUCAACAAAUGCGACAGUCAGUCGACCAUUGGGACAUUAUAGGGAGGUUAAAACUAUAUAUACCAACUUAAUGCCCACUUGCACCACCACACUAACCCAGGGUUAAUUGUUUAACCCGUUAACCUAGUCUCAAACUGUACUGGUAACCAUGGUACUCCAGGUUUAACCGGUUAACUCAGGGUAAGAGGAAUGGUGCAAGUGGGCCUAAGUCAUUUUGAAUCUUAAAUAAUAGUCAUUAAACACCUCUAUUCGAUUUUCUCACAAAAUAGCCUGGGUAUAUUAGAUAUCGCCUACGAAAUUAGUCUUUAUUUAACUGUAAUAAGAUGCAUUAUUACUUGUAUAUAAACUGUAUAAGUUAAAUGUUUGGUUUACCGGACGGUCAGAUAUUUCUUUAAAUAUUUUAGGACUAGUACAGUCAGCAUCUAUGGUAGCGGGUGAAACAACGCGCCAAAACUAUCUGUCAUUCUAGAAUACUUUUCUAUUAGGGAGUACAAUAUUCUGCCGCCAGAGUGCAGCACUAGCACAACCCGUAAACCAUAGAGUAACUUAUAUACAGGGUGGCUAAAAAAUAAGUGCAUUCCCGUUGCCAGGGAGGUUUUGGGAUUAUACUAUGAGACCAACCCUGAUUCCGCGAAAAAAAUUUGGCUGUUUCAUACAUUUUGGCUGGUCCAGUUUCUAUGGGAGGGUAAAUUUUUUUUUCGCGUAUUCGUGGUUGGUCCCAUAGUAAAAGUUGCUCAGUAUAAUCCCAAAACCUCCCUGGCAACGGGAAUGCAGCUAGUUUUUUAGCCACCUUGUAUAUAAAACAGUUUUUGACAUGUUUUCACAGAUUAUUUGUUACGAAUAAAUAUGACAUUGAUGCAUCGUGGCGGCUUGUUUACAUGCUAGUGGCGCCCCCUUUGCAGAGUUUUCCGUAAUAUUCCAUAUAAGAGAUAUAUCUCUGCAGUUCAGGUUGAAAAGUAUCUGUCAGAGUCUAAUUGUUUUUCAUAUAGAACCAUAUCUGUUUUUUAAGUCGUUAGAGAAGGGUAGAUACUUUUGACGCUUAGUCUGAUCCUCUACUUUUGAUGCAGACAGUACCAUGUUGCAUAUAUGGACAUCAAAUUAAAUGAAACGUUAUUUUGAGUAUCCAAUAGUUGACAGUUUACAAAAGCGACAGAAACUUAUUUACAUGCCCAUAUGUGCAACUGUAUGUAUAACCAAAGAGAAUUUGAAAUAGAGAGUUACUGUCAUGGUAAAUUAUGUAGCUACAGUACAUUUUCUGCCAUCUUUCGACAGACGAUUAAAACUGUUAGAACGCCAUUUGACUUUGAUCAUUAUUCUUUCACUGAUAUGUGUUAACUUGUUAAAUAUUAAUAUUAACGCCAUCUACUCGAGAGUGGGCUGAAGGUUAUGGCGCCAUCGCUCGAAAAGAUUGCACCAUACCUUUGGCCUAUAGACGAGGUCUUAUAGUUGGUCAAACCAAAUUGUCAGUAAAUAAGAACAUAAAAAAAUAUACCCAUCCUUUUCUUUUGGAUGCUAGUACUAGUGUAAGACAAAGAUAGUAUGAUUCUCUCUGUCUAUGUUUGAAAUAAGACAGGCCUUUGACAAACUAUAGUUGUCUGACAAUAAAUUAUUUUUGAUUUUGAUUUAUCCGGAUGGUUCUAGAAAAGCAUAACAACAACAAAUAAGUUCCAAACACUUUAAUGAUAUAUUUAUAUCCUUUCCAUAAAAUUAGACAUCUUAGAAUUACAAAACUACUUUAAGUUAAAUAAUUAAUACAAGUUCGUGAAAAAAUAGUUUAAUAAUAAUUACAAAACACCUUUUUCGUAUAACAUUGCUGAAAAAAAGAAUAUCAUAGGAAUAGUUAGAAAGAAAGGUAAUUUUUGAAAAUAUCUAAAUUGCUGAACUACUACAAAAAAAUAUACCACUUUUUUCACUCGAACACAUCAGGCAGAAGACUAGUAUUUAAUGCUUUCAACGCUAUACGUCAUAUACAAAAAAUGACACUCACACGCCAAAAACACAGGCGCAAGCAAGCCAAUAUAAACUUUAUGUUAAAGUGUUAAGGUUACUUUCAACUGCGUAUGCCAUAACACAUAUAGGCGUUGUUAGCGCUGUGGGUACGACUACUAACAACUUCAAGGUGUUUUUUUCAUCCAAAAGGUUGAAUAUAUGUAAAUCAUCAUAAAAAAAAUAUCGAUUUUCGUACAGUAUGAAGAAGUUUAGUAACGUAGUAGUACUAAAUAAUUAAAAAAAGUCACUUUGGUUUGAAGAGCAGAGGCGUGUACAUUAUUUAUUUAAAAUUAUUAGACGAGCCCCGUCUAUGUGAAAACAGUAAUUUGAAUCAUUUUGAUAUAGAGAUAGUCACGUAAAUAUGAACAUGCAUGAACUGUAGGGGGCAGCACAGGAGUCAAAUUUAGGCUUCCAAUGUAACCCACGAGAUGGCAGAACCUACAAUGCACAAGAAAACGUACGUUAACUGUAGAGGGCAACUUGCUUUGGCGCGAAAUGUCAAUGUACAGUUUAUGUUUCCGAUUCAGGCCACAAGAUGGCAGACCCUCCAACCCACACGGUCCCUAUUCGCCUAAACUUUAGGCCCUAAAGUAAUAACUAAUAAA